GUAGAAAAAAGUGAAAACCUAACUAUACAUGGCUUUAGCUUUACUCCUACUCAAACAUCCAUAAAAAAUCCCAAAACAAGGCCUCUAAAAGUGUCCUCAUCAUUCUGUUGCUUCAGUUAAGCUUCUGUUCUCUGCCCCCAACAAUGAGCUUAGCGCCCUCUCAGUCCGCUGCAAUGAAACCUUCGAAAGGGAAACUGCCCAUUUCCGUUGUCACUAUUAUAAUUUGCAGCUUUGCAUUCAUUGCUCUCUUGUAUACUGACACUUCCAGGUCUCUUUUCAAGCUCAAAUCCUGUCCUAGGAGAAAUCCAGUUAAAAAAUCUAAAGAGAGAACUGCAGAGGAUAACCUUAAAAACUUCCAAAUGGAUGAUAGAUUCGAGUUCGAUCCGGAAGAGUGCACUGUCAAUACAGGCAAGUGGAUGUUUAACAAGACUCUCAAGCCUUUGUACACGGACAGGAGCUGCCCAUAUCUAGAUAGACAGGUUUCUUGUGUCAAAAAUGGACGAAGGGAUUCUGAUUACCGCCGGUGGGAAUGGCAGCCGGAUGACUGUACCUUGCCAAGAUUUAAUCCAGAGCUUGCUCUUAAGAAACUUAGAGGGAAGAGGUUGCUGUUUGUAGGUGAUUCGCUUCAAAGGGGUCAGUGGCAAUCAUUUGUUUGUCUGGUGGAAUGGAUUAUACCUGAAGACAAGAAAUCCAUGAAAGAGGUCGGCUCUCAUUCAGUCUUCAGAGCCAAGGAAUAUGAUGCCACCAUUGAAUUCUAUUGGGCUCCAUUUCUCAUUGAAUCCAACACCGAUCACCAUAUCAUAGCAGAUCCAAAGAAGAGGAUACUGAAAGUGGAUUCCAUUGACAAGCACGCCAAACACUGGGGAGGUGUGGACUUUCUUGUGUUCAACACCUAUGUUUGGUGGAUGAGUGGUAUUAGGCUCAAAACAUUAUGGGGUUCAUUUGCAAAUGGGGAAGAAGGGUAUGAAGAGCUGGACACACCAGUUGCUUACAAGAUAGGUUUGAAGACAUGGGCUAACUGGAUUGACUCAAAUAUUAACCCCAACAAGACUCGCGUCUUCUUUACUACUAUGUCCCCUACACACACGAGAAGUGAAGACUGGAACAACACAGAAGGGCUUAAGUGCUUCAAUGAAACGAAACCGGUAUUGAAGAAGAAAUAUUGGGGAAGUGGUUCUGACAAACGAAUGAUGAGUGUGGUGGCCAGCAUAGGAAAGAAAAUGAAAGUUCCUGUUACUUUCAUCAACAUAACACAGCUAUCAGAGUACCGAAUCGAUGCUCACGCAUCGGUCUACACUGAGACUGGAGGCAAAUUGCUGACAGAAGAACAAAGGGCAGACCCACUACAUCAUGCGGAUUGCAUACACUGGUGUUUACCAGGAGUUCCUGAUACAUGGAAUCGGAUAUUCCUUGCUUAUUUGUAGCUGAAAACAGUGUGAAAUCUCGAAGAAAUUCUUGUGUUUCUGUGAUCAAUUGUACACAUAGACUUUUUUGUUUUUCACUGUCAGCUCUUUCAAUUUUAAUUGACAAUGUAUCUUUCAGGCAAAUUACAGGCCAAACUUUCAUCUUA